GUCCCUCCCACUAGGCCGAUCGGCCGGUGAAUGGUUUUUCCCGGCAGCCCCCGCGGCCUCCUCCUGCGCUCCCCGGACUGAACAUGGCGUUCACGUUCGCGGCCUUCUGCUACAUGCUGGCUCUGCUCCUCACCGCCGCCCUCAUCUUCUUCGCGAUCUGGCACAUAAUCGCCUUUGAUGAGCUGAAGACUGAUUACAAGAACCCCAUAGACCAGUGUAACACGCUCAAUCCUCUUGUGCUUCCUGAGUAUCUGAUCCAUGCGUUCUUCUGUGUCAUGUUUCUAUGUGCCACAGAGUGGUUAACCCUCGGUUUAAACAUGCCUCUUUUGGCGUACCAUAUUUGGAGGUACAUGAGCCGACCUGUCAUGAGUGGCCCCGGCCUUUAUGACCCAACAACCAUUAUGAAUGCGGACAUUUUAGCAUAUUGUCAAAAGGAGGGAUGGUGUAAACUAGCUUUUUACCUGCUCUCAUUUUUCUACUAUCUUUAUGGCAUGAUCUACGUUUUGGUGAGCUCCUAAGAAAACGCUGCAGAAGACGCCGGUUGAAUUUAUUUGCAUGCAAAGCUGUAAAACUCUAUAGGCAUUUGAUCCGACAAGAUCCUACUACGGUGCCCGAUGGGUUCCCUUUAGACUGCAAUCCGUACUGGAGGGGGGUGGAAAAACGCGGCUUCCCAAUUUUUAACGUCGGGAACGCACUAAUGUUUUACAAAGACUGGGAAAUUGUGUAUAUUUAUCAUUCUUUCAGUUUGCCUCUGUAUCCUCUUACUUUGUUGCUGGGUUGUUUUUUUUUUUUUUUUUUUACUUUU